AGUUUCUGACUUAACUGUCAAAACAGUGACAGCAAGUUCAGGGUGGAUGAUUGAUGGUUAAGUUAAUGCACUUUCAUUUUUCAUUAAAAAAGCUGUACGUAACAAAAUAGUUCUUUAUUACUUUUAUGGAGUUGAGAGAAAACAAUUAAAAAAUCAAAAGAAUUCUUUUUCGGAUACUAUGAAAAUGGAAACAUAUGAUGUCAUAGUCAAUCAACCGGUGGUGAUAGAUAAUGGAUCUGGUGUUAUAAAGGCUGGAUUCGCUGGUGAUCAAAUACCUAAGUGCAGAUUCCCAAAUUAUGUCGGACGCCCUAAGCAUGUACGUGUUAUGGCAGGAGCAUUGGAAGGAGACGUCUUCAUUGGACCCAAAGCUGAAGAACAUAGGGGUUUGCUUUCCAUUAAAUAUCCAAUGGAGCAUGGACAUGUAACAGACUGGAAUGAUAUGGAAAAAAUUUGGACAUACAUUUAUUCUAAAGAUCAACUAUCUACUUUUUCUGAAGAACAUCCCGUACUUUUAACUGAGGCACCUUUGAACCCCAAACCAAAUAGAGAGAAAGCUGCAGAGUUGCUCUUUGAAUCAUUCAAUGUACCAGCACUUUACAUUUCUAUGCAGGCUGUAUUGAGUUUAUAUUCUACAGGGAGAACAACUGGUGUGGUUUUAGAUUCUGGGGAUGGUGUUACACAUGCAGUACCAAUAUAUGAAGGGUUUGCAAUGCCUCACAGUAUAAUGAGGGUAGAUAUUGCUGGUAGAGAUGUAUCUAGAUAUUUAAAAAUUUUGCUCUGUAAAGAAGGUAUUAAUCUUCGCACAACAGCUGAAUUUGAAACUGUUCGCACAAUCAAAGAAAAAGUAUGUUAUUUAUCAGCUAACCCUAUGAAAGAGGAAUCUGUUGAAGCUGAACACAUGCCUUAUACUCUUCCUGAUGGAAACAUAGUAAAAGUAGGACCAGCUAGAUUCAGAGCACCUGAACUUUUGUUUAGACCAGAUCUUAUUGGUGAAGAAUGUGAAGGUUUGCAUGAAGUGCUUGUAUUUUCCAUACAGAAGUCUGAUUUGGACUUGAGGAAAAUUUUAUUCAAGAAUAUUGUUUUAUCGGGGGGCUCAACAUUAUUCAAAGGUUUUGGAGAUAGACUAUUGGCUGAAAUAAAAAAACUUGCACCAAAGGAUGUUCAAAUAAAAAUAUCUGCUCCUCAAGAAAGAUUAUAUUCUACUUGGAUAGGUGGCUCUAUUUUAGCGUCUCUUGACACAUUUAAGAAAAUGUGGGUCUCCAAGAGAGAGUUUGAUGAAGAAGGGCAGCGAGCUGUUCAUCGAAAAAUGUUUUAAGUUUAAAUCAAUUCUUAUUAUUGAAUAGGUAGCAACUUACUUUUAGUAUAAGUGAUAAAUUAUAUUUGCUAUUAACAUGCCUAAAGCAAUUUAUUCUACUCAAUUUUUUUUAUAUAUAUAUAAAAUGUAACAAAUAAGCUGUUUCCAUAAAAAAUUCUGUUUUAAUUUAUUUUUAUGUAUAAUGUCCAAUUAAAAAGUACCGUAAACA